AUGGAGGGUAAUGGAGGGGCUCAAUUGGAUGGGAAGGUUUUGCAGACAUUUCAAAAGAGUUUCGUUCAAGUUCAAAACAUUUUGGAUCAUAACAGGGUGUUGAUCAACGAGAUUAAUCAGAAUCACGAGUCGAAGAUCCCUGAUAAUCUGAGUAGAAAUGUGAGUUUGAUCCGAGAAUUAAACAACAAUAUAAAGAAAGUUGUUGAUCUUUACUCUGAUCUUUCGUCAAAUUUUUCAAGAUCGAUUGAUGUUAAUUCAUCUGAAGGGGAUUCAAGAUCAGAUGGAAAAGGUUUGCAGAAGAGAACGAGGCCUGGUUAG